CACCACAUCCUCCUCACCCCGUCUUGUCGUGCUCUAGUCCCUUCCCACCGCCCCGCAACCGAAUGACGGAGGUCGCCUCCCCUUAUCGUCGCCCACGUUGAGACACGAAUUCCUCCCACCUGGGUUCCCCCGCCUCCACGCCACUCCGCUACGCGCUACCCACUGCCCCGGGCCUCGCCCCAGUCCGCCUCCGCUGCCUCCCCUCCCUCUCUUCGCCUCCCGUAGUCUGCCUCUGCAUAUUAGUUGAUCUCAUGAACCGUGAGUCUAAUGGCUCCUCUUGAUUAUACAGUAGUCUGCCUCUGCAUAUUAGUUGAAGCAGAGCUGACAACAAUCUAUCAAGAAUUGCUUCGACAUGGAUACUGGCUGCCUGUCGUCUAUGAACAUUACUGGGGUGAACCAAGCAAGAUCGUUAGCAGGACAACUUCCUACUCAGAGAUGCUUUGCAAAUAGUCACCAUGCAAGCUUUGCUGUGAAAUCUCUUGUUGUGAGGAACAAAGGAAGAAGGUCACACCAUAGACAUGCUGCUUUGCAGAUUGUCUGCAAGGAUUUUCCAAGACCUCCGCUAGAAAGCACAAUAAACUAUUUGGAAGCUGGACAGCUCUCUUCAUUUUUUAGAAACAGCGAACGCCCCAGUAAACCAUUACAGGUCGUGAUUGCUGGUGCAGGACUGGCUGGUCUAUCAACGGCGAAAUAUCUGGCAGAUGCUGGCCAUAAACCCAUAUUGCUUGAAGCAAGAGAUGUUUUGGGCGGAAAGGUAGCUGCUUGGAAGGAUGAAGAUGGAGAUUGGUAUGAGACCGGGCUUCAUAUCUUCUUUGGAGCUUAUCCCAACAUACAGAAUUUGUUUGGCGAGCUUGGUAUUGAAGACCGUUUGCAAUGGAAAGAACACUCCAUGAUAUUUGCCAUGCCGAACAAGCCAGGAGAAUUCAGCCGGUUUGAUUUCCCAGAAACUUUGCCAGCACCUGUAAAUGGAAUAUGGGCCAUACUGAGAAACAAUGAAAUGCUUACCUGGCCGGAGAAAGUGAAGUUUGCUAUUGGACUUCUGCCAGCAAUGCUUGGUGGUCAACCUUAUGUUGAAGCUCAAGAUGGUUUAACGGUUUCAGAGUGGAUGAAAAAGCAGGGUGUUCCUGAUCGAGUGAAUGAUGAAGUUUUUAUUGCAAUGUCCAAGGCACUCAAUUUCAUAAAUCCUGAUGAGCUAUCCAUGCAGUGCAUUUUGAUUGCUUUGAACCGAUUUCUUCAGGAGAAACAUGGUUCCAAAAUGGCAUUCUUGGAUGGUAAUCCACCUGAAAGGCUGUGCAUGCCUAUUGUUAAUCACAUUCGGUCUAGGGGUGGUGAAGUCCGCCUGAAUUCUCGUCUUAAAAAGAUUGAGUUGAAUCCUGAUGGAACUGUUAAACACUUCACACUUACCGACGGAACUCAAAUAACUGGAGAUGCAUAUGUCUGUGCGGCACCAGUUGAUAUCUUCAAGCUUCUUGUACCGCAAGAGUGGAGUGAAAUUUCUUAUUUCAAGAAGCUGGAGAAGUUGGUAGGAGUUCCUGUUAUCAAUGUUCAUAUAUGGUUUGACAGAAAACUGAAAAACACAUAUGACCACCUUCUUUUCAGCAGGAGUCCACUUUUAAGUGUCUAUGCAGACAUGUCAGUAACCUGCAAGGAAUACUAUGAUCCAAACCGUUCAAUGCUGGAGUUGGUCUUUGCUCCUGCAGAGGAGUGGGUUGGUCGGAGUGACACUGAAAUCAUCGAUGCGACUAUGGAAGAGCUAGCCAAGUUGUUUCCUGAUGAAAUCGCUGCCGAUCAGAGUAAAGCAAAGAUUCUUAAGUAUCAUGUCGUGAAGACACCGAGAUCUGUUUACAAAACUGUCCCAAACUGUGAACCUUGCCGACCUCUCCAAAGGUCACCGAUCGAAGGGUUCUAUCUGGCUGGCGAUUACACAAAGCAGAAAUACUUGGCUUCCAUGGAAGGUGCAGUAUUAUCUGGGAAGCUUUGCGCCCAGUCUAUAGUGCAGGAUUAUAGCAGGCUCUCCCUCAGGAGUCAGAAAAGCCUACAAUCUGAAGAAGUUCCGGUCGCAUCUUAGUUGUAGUUGAGGCUCCCACUUGGGGUGCCAUCUUAUCACCUAUUUCAUGGGAACCCACCAACUGGUCAUGGUGAAGGCACCUGUUAUGGUCCUUUGACAAUUCCCUAGAGUUGAAUUUGUGACACUAGUUGGUAUAUCAUAUUGGGAAAAAGUGACAUUAUGUAAAACGACCUGCAUAGCAAUUGUUAGACCCUUUGGAAAAGGAAAAGCGAAAAAGAGAUCUCAGGUAGAUAUUAUCUUGUAGCA